AUGACUUUAACCAAUGAUGAUGAUGGUGAAAAGCCGAUCACAACGCUGAAAAUAUUGAUUAUUGGUGAGAGUGGAGUCGGAAAAUCGAGCUUAAUGUUACGAUUCGUCGAUGAUACCUUUGAUCCCGAACAAGCAGCUACGAUUGGCGUUGAUUUCCGAGUAACGUCGAUGUUGGUUGAUGGAAAUCGAGUCAAGUUAGCAAUUUGGGAUACAGCUGGACAAGAAAGAUUUCGAACGCUCACUCCUUCAUAUUAUCGAGGAGCACAAGGAGUCAUUUGUGUCUACGAUGUGACUUCUCGGUCAUCUUUUGAAAAACUAGAGCACUGGUUUAGUGAAGUGGAUACGUAUACGACGAAAGGUGAUGCAGUGAAAAUGGUUGUCGCCAAUAAAAUUGAUAUGGCAGGUCGAGAAGUUUCAAGAGAGGAAGGGAUCAAAUUCGCAAAACGGCAUCGGACACUUUUCAUUGAAGCAUCUGCAAAAACUAAAGAAGGAGUACAAUGCGCAUUUGAGGAGCUCAUCGAAAAGAUUCUUCAAACACCCGGUUUAUGGGAAAACGAUCGACCCGCUUUUCGAUUAGGCCAAAACACAGCACGACAAGAUGAUGGAUAUUGUGGUUGC